AUGACCUUCAAGCUGACUCUAUCAGCCUUUGGUUACAACAAUUGGGCCAAGCAGCUGGAGGACCGUGAGAAAGAAAACGAGGCUUUGGGCACCCAGGUCGAGAUGUUGAAGGCUCACCUGCAGGGUGCUGAGCAGCACAUAGCCUGUAAGGAGGAGAAGGUUGGCGAGCUCUCUACCAGACUGGAGUCAGAGACUAAAGAGAACAAGUUCCUAUGGAAGCAGGUAGAGCAGCUCACCAACAAUCUCCAAAAAGAGAGGAGCGUGAGCCUGGAGCUGACUGAGCAGUUGCAGCAACAGAAAGGCGCCCUUCAGCAAGAACUUGAGGCAGAGAAAAGGUCUCACGCUGAAAGGGUGAGAGUGGAUCAGGAGCUGAUCCAGAGGCUGAGGGAUGAGCAGGAUGCCCUCCGUCAAGAGUUGGAGACCCUGGAAACAAAACUGGGGGAUCUGACAUCAACCAAUCUCAAGCUUGCCACCAAGCUCAAGACUGAGGAGGUGGUCAGUCAGGCCCUCCAGAGAGAAUUUUCCCAGCUGAACAAAGAGCUGAAAGAGCAGGAGGAGGAGUUCCUUCCAGAGCCCGAAGUAUUUGAGGAGAAGCUCCCAGAGAAAAAAAAGAGGCGCUCAGUCUGGAAAAGAGUCCGCCACUUUCUCGGUUUGAGGAAGAAGAACGAGAGGCGGGAGAAGGAGUCCACAUCCAACUAAGACCUCUACACCUCAGCGGCUCAGCACCUUCCCACCAUCAACAGCUGUAUGCCGUCUUCAUGUUCCUCCCUGUGUCAGUGUGGGUUUCCUCAAAGUGCUUCAGUUUCCUCCCACACACCAAAGACACGAAGCUCAAUCAAUCGGCUUAAAAAAAGUCAAUAAAAAC